AUGUUGGCCCAGAAUCCUCAAGAUGUUGUGUUCCAGCCAAGUGAACAGCAGUUUUUGGCUAAACCGGGUCUGCAACUGCAAAAUCAAGGGUGGGGUCCAGCCCAGAAUCCUCAAGCUUCAGUCCUCCAGCGAACUCGAGGAGGAAUUUUAGCCAAGAAUCCUCAAGAUGUUGUGUUCCAGCCAAAUGAUCGGAAGUUUUUGGCUCAACAGCAAACCGCUCAACAGUUUUCUCAAGCGUUUCCACCCAAGCAGCCAGUGGCACAGGCAGAGCCUCUUGACAAGUGUGCUGUAGCUGAUUAUGAGCAGAUCCAAUGUGGAACACCUGGUAUCAGUGCUGCUGAGUGUGACGCUAUAAACUGCUGCUUUGACGGACAGCAGUGUUACUAUGGGAAAGCCGUGACCGUCCAGUGUAUUAGAGAUGGCCAGUUUGUGGUUGUGGUGGCUAGAGAUGUUACACUGCCUUCACUAAGUCUGGAUACAGUCCGUCUGUUGGGUGGAAAUGACCCACCUUGUGCUCCUGUUGGGUCCACACCUUCCUUUGCCAUUUACCAAUUCCCUGUCACAGCUUGUGGCACAAGCAUGAUGGAGGACAAUGGAUAUGUGGUGUAUGAGAACAGAAUGACUUCAUCCUAUGAAGUGGGGAUUGGGCCACUUGGUUCCAUCACAAGGGACAGUCACUUUGAGCUUCUCUUCCAGUGUAGGUAUUCUGGCACUGCUGUUCAAGCUCUGGUUGUGGAGGUCAACACCGUACCUCCACCUCCACCUGUAGCUGCUCCUGGACCCCUCAGAGUGGAGCUUCGCCUGGCAAAUGGACAAUGUGUCACAAAAGGAUGUGCAGAAGAGGAUGCUGCAUACACGUCCUACUACAGUGAUGCUGAUUACCCAGUCACAAAAGUCCUACGACAACCUGUGUAUGUUGAGGUGCACCUUUUGGAGAGGACCGACCCCAAUAUUGUCCUGAUGCUGGGACAUUGCUGGGCGACAUCAUCCCCUGAUUCCCUUAGCCUGCCUCAGUGGGACCUUCUAGUUAAUGGAUGCCCUUACCAGGAUGAUCGUUACCUCACCACACCGGUUCCUGUGGAUGGCUCCUCUGGUCUUCAGUUCCCAACCCAUUACAAGCGCUUUAUUGUGAAGAUGUUCACGUUUGUGGAUCCAGCAUCACUAGCUCCUCUGCAGGGAAUGGUCUUCAUCCACUGUAGUACAUCGGUGUGCCAUCCCUCUUCCACUGGCUCCUGUGAGCAGAGCUGCACCAGGCAAAAAAGAGAUGUUGGUGAGAACAUUGAAAAGACUGUCGUUUCCAGUGGAGGCAUUUUCUUCAUGUAA